AUGAAGGAGACCAGAAACCUGAAGAAGAGAAAUCUCCACGACGCUGAAUUGGUUAAGAAGAGCAAUGGAGAAGAAGCUGAUAGACAGAGAGUAGUCAAAAAGCAGAGGAAGAAGAAAGAGAAAGUGAGCAUUAUCGACGUAACCGAGCUUCCUCAGGCAACGAUUCAAGGAAAGAAAGUUGAAUUGAAGAAGACGAAGAUGCAGAAGAGUAAAAACGAAGUAAAUAGCUCACCAGUUGAUGAUGAGAAAUUGCAGAGGAAGAGAAAAGCAAAAGGAGGAAAUGUUGAUUUAAGCGAGCUUCCUCAAGCUUCACCGGAAGUUACUGUAAAUGAGAAAUCCAAAGGAAAGAAGGGGAAGUUGAACAAGACGAAGAAGAAAAGAAAGGCUGAGGAAUUGUCUAGUGGUCUUGUUAAUGAUGAAGAUGAUGAUCUGAAUGAAGAAGUUGAUGGCGAUAAGGGUUCCGUUGAAGCUGUGAGCGCAGACAAUCCUAAGAGUGGUACUGAAGUAAGAAACCGAAAGUCUAAAAAAUCAAACAAGAAGAAGAAGAUGAAGAUGACCACCACAAAAGAGAAUGAAAUUUCUUCAGAAAAGAUGAGCGAAGUUGAAGAAGAUGUUUAUGAAAUUUCUUCAGGGGAUGAAGAUUGCUCGUCAGGAAUGAAAAAGUGGGUUAGUGAGUACUAUGAGAGUAGACCUGGUUUGGACGAGCUGCAAAAGAGAAUCGAUGACUUCAUGACUGCUCAUGAAGAACGCCUUGAAGAGGAGAAGCAAAUGAAAGAAGCUAAAGCUGCAGAAGGUGGAUGGACUGUGGUUGUGCAUCACAAAGGAAGGAAGAAGACGACAGAGUCUGAGACUGGAACAGCCGUUGGAUCUGUUUCUCAGGCUGCUAAUGAGUAUAAGAUGGCUAAUAUGAAACCGAGUGAGAUCGUGGGUCAAGGUUUCUACCGUUUCCAAAGGCGAGAUGCACAACGCAACGAGCUCUUGGCGCUUCAGAGUAAGUUUGAGCAAGACAAGAAGAGGAUACAACAACUUCGAGCUGCUCGUAACUUUAAGCCUUAA